CUCGUCCACAGUCACUUAUGCUCGCGCUCCAAAAAGUGGGUCCCUUCUACUCUCUACGCUGGGCGCGUCCAGUGCUGGGUCGAUGAGCCCUGCGCAAACUCGUCUGGAGCGCGGACGGUGCUUUUGUUAAGUGGGCUACACUCAAAGAGUUGUGAGCUGCUUACCCUGUGUCCCUCUAGCAGCUACUGGUGCGGCGCAGCCCCCCCACCCGCCGACUUCUAGGGUCUGGAACCCUGGCACCCCGGGGGCCUCACGCAGGGUGUUUGUCUCCAAAAGUCGCUCACACGCCGCCUCCAGUCACGCACGCUGGGGCCCCCGCGGCUCCUCUCCGCUCGGGAGUCGCGAUGCCCCUGGGACACAUCAUGCACCUGGAUCUGGAGAAGAUUGCUCUGGAGUACAUAGUGCCCUGCUUGCACGACAUCGGCUUCUGCUACCUGGACAAUUUCCUGGGCGAGGUGGUAGGUGACUGCGUCCUAGAGCGCGUGAAGCAAAUGCACUGUAACGGGGACCUGCAGGACGGGCAGUUGGCUGGACCCCGCUCCGGGAUCUCCAAGAGGCACUUGCGGGGAGACCAGAUAACCUGGAUCGGGGGCAAUGAAGAAGGCUGCGAAGCCAUCAACUUCCUCCUGUCCCUGAUCGACCGCCUGGUUUUGUACUGUGGAAGCCGCCUGGGCAAAUACUAUGUCAAAGAAAGGUCCAAGGCAAUGGUGGCUUGCUAUCCUGGGAAUGGGGCUGGUUAUGUUCGACAUGUAGACAAUCCCAAUGGAGAUGGGCGCUGUAUCACCUGCAUCUACUAUCUGAACAAGAAUUGGGAUUCCAAGCUACAUGGUGGGAUUCUUCGGAUAUUCCCAGAAGGAAAGUCCUUCAUAGCAGAUGUGGAACCUAUCUUUGACAGGCUACUCUUCUUCUGGUCGGAUCGUAGGAACCCACAUGAAGUACAGCCUUCCUAUGCUAUGAGAUACGCUAUGACUGUUUGGUACUUCGACGCAGAGGAAAGAGCGGAAGCCAAAAAGAAAUUUAGGAAUUUAAUUGGGAAGACGGAAACCUCCCGCAGUGAGGACUGAUCUGGAGAUCAUUUGGCACUGUUCUUUUCAGAAACACUGUUCCUGAAUUCUCUGCAUAUGACAAGAUCCAAAGAUGACCUCUUCAUUGACUCAGGGGAAGGAUAUUCUUUCCCACACGCUAGAAAUGCACUGUUCGUGUCUCUUAUCUUGCCUGUGGUACUCAGCAUUCUUCUGCCAGGACUCUAUUCGUCUCCAGACACUCUCUGUGACUUUGGAAGAACUUGAAGACUUGCCUACUCUAGAAAUACCGUUGAACAAUGACUCAUUCAGCAAGUUUAUCAGAUGACUUUUUGGCUACACCAGUUGUAAAGAUGAUGAACAUGGAAACAUAGGGGAGGGAACAAAUCUCAUUUGCACUUUAUGUAAACUUUUCGGAUUGAAAGAAAGCUUUGCUGAGAAAUGCUUUCCUUGGAAGCCACUUGAGGGGUUGGCCUAAGGAAAGAGUUCCUAGUGCACCACUCAACUAGACGUCAUUGGAUGAGCUUUCUGUAGCGUUAGCUCAACUGUAUGUUUUCGCUGUCUCUACGAAGGGCUGUCCUUGUCAUUGUAAUACCUUCACACAUGCCUUGUUGGCUGAACACUUCUUAUUUUGUUUUUUCUUCCUGGUCUUGGAAGUAAGGCUUCUUGCCUCUGCUCAAGAUGGGUAUUAACCCAUCAAUAUUAACCUUGUAUGAGAUAGAAAUACCAUUUACUUCCCUUUUUAUGUUCUUCCCUCAAGAGGGAAGAAUAAGGUAGGUUGUGAAUCCAAGAGUAAACAUCUUAUCUGGACCUUAGAACCAAUCUAUAAUUAUGUUAAAACAAAAUUGGAUCUCUGGUUAACAAUUUUUUUUUUUAAUUAGCAAAAAUUUUCUCUCCCCAUCUUCUUCCAUAUUCGUUUAAAAAAAAAGAAAAACAAGUACUUAUAUAACAUAUGCUUUGUAAAACAAAACACAUUGCUGCAUUGGUUAUAUCCCAAGUUAUACUUCUCAUCUUUGAGCCAUCAUUUCCCUCUCAAGGUUAGACAGUAGCGUGGUUCCAUUGGGUCUCAGAGUUUAUAUGUGUCUCCACUGGUUCAGGUGGGAAAGAGGGCUCAGGAAAAGUAAUAAUGUCUUCCCCUUUAAAAAAAAAAACCACGACACUCUCCUUUGAGAAAGUAGGGUAAAAAUAAAGUCUCCAUUUUAAAAAGAAAUAAAAAGUUCAUGGAAGAAAAAACCUAUGUUGAGUCACUGGACUCUGUCUAUCCCUACCAGCUUUCAUUCCCACAACUAGCAUUUUGGUACCUCAGUCUCACUUCUGUUGCCAGUGUUACAGAGGUCAUGUAUUUACUGAGGUGUAAUUGGAAAUUGUGAAAAAACAUUGUGUUCUCUAUGACUGUAUGAGGGAACACUUUCCCUCAUCCUUAUAAUCCAUUUCCCAUAUCAUUGUGGCCUUUCCUCACUUUCCUUUGGGACACCUUCUUGUAUUCCGUUUUGUAUCUUACUUGGAAUUGUCUCAUUUCUCAUACAGUGAAGAAGGAAAAUGGGAAACACUUUCAUUUUCUUUAGGUAGAGAUGUUGAAUUUCUUGGGGGAAAUCCCAAGUUUAGCUUUGCCUUAACUGAUGGUUGAAAAGCCUCAGACAAGUGUUGUUAUCUCCAUCUGGCCCCACAUGGAACUUUUUUCUACAUAUAUCUUUGGAGAUGUACAAAAUGUGUCCUUUUCUUUCUUCCCCAUUUUAUCACUAUGAAAAAACUCCCUGGUCUUUGUGUGUGUGUACACAACUUUCUACCAUCAUACAUUUGUGAACCUAGGAGAUAAAUUCUAGAAUUCUUUUGGUGUCGUGAUUGGUUUGGUGAAUGAAACUGAGCUGAUUAUUCACCAAUGGCGGAGUAUUGUAGAACACGCUGUGAACCACUAUUAGUUGGAAGACUGACAGGAUUUCUCUUCUUCUCUGCCUUGGAUCAUUAAGAAAAUGAACUUAGCCCUGAUGAAUGUAGCUUCGGUUGCACUAAAACAGAAUCCUUGACAAUAAACUGAAAGAUCACAGUGAGAGAGAAGCAGGGUUUACUGGCUACUCUGGUAACAAGCAGUAAUUACGUAUUUUUGAAGUUGGCUAUUUUGCUUUGUGUUUUUUUUUCUUCCUUUUCUUUUUUGGGCGACUCAACCUGUGAUUUCAUCAGUCUAGAAUACUCCUAGUGAGGGAUUUUCUUUACCAAUACAUCAGCAUUAUCUCUUGCAGUUUACAACCUUGGUUAUCUGGUGCACCAACAGGUUAAGCUGCUUUCCAGUGGUCACAAAUCCCUCCAUUGCCUAGUCCAGAGGUAGCAGAUAAGCCUACAAAAUUCAUUUUAAAGCUUUUCACCAGUCUUCCUCACGUGUACUAAUGGGGCAUCUGAUUGGUGGGAGUAAAUGCAGAUUCAUUGAUUGAGUAGCAGGCUAUUAAAACAGUAUAGCCCUGGUACUGUAAGUUGACUUUUUUUUUUUUUUGGGGGUUUUUUUUUUUUAAACUUGUCCAAGGUCUGACUUUUCUUAUGUAUCUUACCUAAACCAUUGGGAGAAAGGUACUAUACAAUAAAUGUUUAAAAUAA